AUGUCCUCGGCUGCUAUAAUGAUGAUAACCUGCCCUUCCGCAGCUGUAGCGAAGAAACUGGCCAGCUCUGCCGUGAAAUCAAGACUUGCUGCUUGUGGAAAUAUCAUUCCGGGAAUGACUUCUAUUUACGAAUGGAAAGGGGAGAUCUGCGAAGAAGAAGAAACAUAUCUCCUGUUGAAAACAGAAAAGAGCAUGUCAGAAGAAGUGAUUAAUUUUGUGAAAGAAAAUCACCCGUAUGACGUUCCCUGUAUUGUUUCUGUGCCAAUCGAAACUGGAAAUCCAGAGUUUUUGAAAUGGGUAAAAGAUAUGACGGGCGAAAAAACAGUUCAAGAAUAA